GGGCUAAAGCCGGUCCCCCUUCUCUCAUUCUCAUUUCCACUGACGCAUGUAGAGAGGAGGUGCUUGGAGAUUCCUCUGCCCCUUGAAGAUUCACCUCUCUCACUCUGAAGGAAGAGCACGUCAUCGCGAUAGAACUUGCGAAUUGAAGGAAGGCAUGUGGACGAUUCUGUUGCGCCUGUUGUACUCUGUUCUGCACACCUUUUCUUUCGGGGUUCAGUGAGGUAUGCUCCGCAGUACCGUGCCGUCCGGCGUGUGAGAACGACCUCUUUAACUAUUGUAUUCUCUUUCAAUAUGGGGAUCGUGUUCGAAUUGAUAUCACUGUGAGGAGAAGCAAUGUGAUUAGGUGCCACUGAUAAUUUAAGUUCCAGGAGGAAGUAAUCAGGUAACCCGACGCGUCUCAGAGAUAACUGCGUAAGAGGAGAAGGCAUUGGUCAUCGUUUCAUCAUGAUUUCCAGGUCGAUUAUUGCGGCUUUGAUACUGUUGGCAUCGCAACUGGGGAAUGGUGUAGCACUCGGUGAUAAAAAGGAAUCGAUUCCAGAGGGUUCGAACAUAUUUGUUGAGUCCACAAUAAGUGGAUAUAAGGGAAAUGUGCAUAGUAGGCAGAGGAGAGUUGGCCCUGAGCCACCUGAGAACCCAAUGAUAGUCAAGGACACUGGAAAUACGACUGAGGGUGCAGUAAUGAAUGGGUCGACGACCACUGCAGCAACAGCCUCUGAAGCCAAAGACAUGGAGGAAACAUCUGUUAAACCGAAGGAUGAUGAUGAUGAUGAUGAUGAUGAUGGUAGUACUGUGAAAUCUGUGGAUAAUUCGGGACUUAGCACUUCUGGGAAAAGUACUAAAAGACCUGACGCGAGUGGAAACCAGACAAAGGCUGCUGAAGGGGUGACGAAUAAAAUUAUAAAGGUGACGAAUAAAACCCUUGAGGUGAUGACUAAAACUGAGGAGGUGAAGAAUGAAACGGUAGAGGUGACUACAAUUACUACCACUGCAUCACCAGUAACAACAGUGGCAUCUACGAGUACAACGACGGCACCUGCGACGAACGUAACAGCAAAUUGUCCUGGGGUGAACGCCACUUUGGGUAUCUCGGAAAAUGACUCGAGGUGUGCACCUAUGACAUUUCCCUCGACACCAACAGUAACCAUUGACGACACUUCCCCUGAGAUGAAGGAGUUGCUGCUCAAUAAGUACAACACUAGUGGCCGCGAGAAUAAUGCGACGAAAGUGCAAGUCGAAAUUAAAACUCUGGCUCCUUCCUGGUCCUCCACUACUGAGUCCCCUCAGGAAGCGAUGGAAAGUCGAGAGGAAUUAGUGGAGAAAAGCCAACAAAUAAGAUCAGAAGCUAAAAACGAAAAAGCCGGAUUGCCAGGUGGAGUGGUGGCUCUGCUAAUAGCCAUAGCCUUUGCUGUCAUGGCUGUCAUUGCGUACGUUGGAUUGACCCUCAGGAAGCGAUAUUUAGAGUACCGAUACGGAAAUCGAGAGCUCCUUGUCAACGAUUUUGAUACAAAUGACAUCAACAACUUUGAGUUGUGAAGAAUUCUCUCUAGAUUAGUAACUCGUGACUGUGAAUAAAUGUCCUGAAGUUGAUCUGUGAUAAGAUGGACACAGGGUUUUGAUAUCAUAAUUUUUCCAACGAGAGGAGACAGACAGACAGACAGACAGACAGACAGACGUUAAGGAGAACGUCAAAACUAGGAUUUAGUUUUUUUUUUAUUUCUUGUAUUAAAGAGAUAAUUAUUAAAUGUAGAAAAUUUAUAACAUAGAUCACUCCAUUCAGUUAAUUAUCAAAUCAUCUUUUAUCAUGGCAAGAAAAAAGGCAUAAUGAAGAAAAAAAUCCAUAUUCCAUUGAUAUUAAAACUAUGUCUACAUUGAAUAAUUCUCUCCAUUAGUGAAAUUAUCCGUUGGUGAGUGAUUAGUGUCCGUGUAAAUACUAAAAUAAACAAACCACCUUUUACAUGAUUUUAUAAUGGUAACAUUGAA